AUGAGGAUCAUAGUCUGGAACUGUCAGGGUAUCGGGAGUGUUAUGACAGUUUCGAGUUUGAAGGAGCAAGUUAGGCUCCAAAGUCCUGACAUAGUGAUCCUCCUAGAAACAAAAAAUCUGAGUCAACGCUAUGGGUAUUUAAAACGUCAGUUAGGUAUGCAAUUUAUGCAUGCGGUUGAGCCUCGGGGCUUGAGUGGAGGAUUGUGUUUAUUCUGGAAGGAGAUGUCACAAGUUGUAUUACUCAAGUAUGCUGAUUUUUUUAUUGAGGUUGUGAUCAAGGAUGAGGAGAAUGGUGCCAAGUGGCGCUUCUUUGCAGUGUAUGCAAGUACUGAUGAGCGAGUACGGAGAUCACAAUGGCAAAUGUUACAGGAUAGGAUGGCCCAGUGUCAGGAGGCUUGCCUACUUAUGGGAGAUUUCAAUGAUAUUAUGGACGUAUCUGAGAAGCGUGGGGUGAAUAGUCACCUGUUGGAUUUGGGAUAUGUGGGCCAUCCGUUUACUUGGAGGAACAGGCGGCAGGAGGGAGGCAUAAUGGAACGCUUGGAUAGGGGUUUUGGGAAUGAUCAAUGGGUUACACUGUAUCCGGCUGCUACACAACAACUCAAAGCUACUUAUCUGGCUCCUGACUUUGAUCGUGAUGAGGUCUUGCAGUUGGAGAGUAGCCUUAAAGAGGCGUUCCGGGAGGAAGAGGAGAUUUUUACCACGUGUUCCCCUUCGAAUAUAGAGUACAUUACUGAUUGUGUUCAGCCACGGGUGACCAUGCAGCAGAAUGCGUGCUUGACACGGCAAAUCUCAUCUGAAGAGAUUUGGCUAGCAGUGAAAUCCUUGAACCCUACAAAAUCGCUGGGUCCAGAUGGAUUUACGGGGAAAUUCUUCCAACAGUAUUGGGAUGUGGAAGGAGGUGAACUGGGGAGAUCCAGUUUGGCUCUGAAACUAGAUAUGGCAAAAGCUUAUGACCGGGUUGAAUGGCCAUUUGUGGAGCAUAUGAUGAGAAGGUUGGGAAUUGAUUCUGUCUUUCGGAGUUGGGUCAUGGAGUGCGUGUCUACUAUAACAUAUAGUGUGAUUGUUAAUGGUGAGGCUACAGGACAUAUUUUACCUUCCCGGGGUCUACGUCAGGCUAAUGAACGUGAGGCUAGGUGCUUGAAAAAUAUUCUAGUUGACUAUGAGAAGGGGUCAGGUCAGUGUAUCAAUUUUGAUAAAAGUUCCCUCUUGUUUGGGAAAAAAUGCCCAGCUCGUGUCCGGAAGCAAGUGGGAGAAAUAUUACAGGUACAACAAAAGGAUGGGUUCAGACGAUAUUUGGGCCUCUCUGCAGAUUUUGGUGCGUCAAAACAGCAGGUCUUUGAGGAGGUACGCAACAAAAUUAAUGCCAAGCUUAUGGGGUGGUCUGAACAAUAUUUAUCGCAAGCUGGGAAGGAAGUGCUAAUCAAAGCCGUGGCCAUGGCUAUGCCGAAUUAUGCUAUGUCAUGUUUUCAGUUACCCAUUAAUUUAUGCAAGGAGAUAGAGAGGGAGAUCAUUCGGUAUUGGUGGAAGAGGCACAAGGAGCAUAAGGGUAUCCACUGGGUUGGUUGGCAAUGUCUCAGUAUGUUGAAAGAAGCUGGGGGUAUGGGCUUUCAGGACCUUAGAUGCUUCAACCUAGCCAUGCUUGCAAAAAUUGGUUGGCGAAUUAUCAAACACCCUGACUCACUGCUGGCCACUACUUAUCGGGACAAGUAUUUUAGAUCCUCAGAUUUCAUGAGCGCUGGUGGUGGUCGUGGGACGUCGUUGGGGUGGAAGGGUAUUUUGCAAGGACGGAAAAUAUUGGAGGCACGCAUGAGAUGGCGUAUAGGCAAUGGACAUCAAGUUCGUACCUGUAUAGAUAAAUGGGUACCCUCCCCUUCUUCCUUUAAGAUUUAUUCUAGACACCCAGAAAUACCUGUUUUGGUGCAGGGACUUAUUGACGAUCAAACGAAGAUGUGGAAUCGAGAUCUUAUUUUGCCGUGUUUCAAUAGUGUGGAAGCCCAGACCAUAUUAUCAUUACCUCUUAGCAGAUGGGGCUGUGAUGACAGACUAGUGUGGCAUUUUACUACGCAUGGUGGAUACUCAGUUCGUACCGGCUAUGAACUUGCUCUAACCUUACGGAAAAGUGGUGAGUUGGGGGGGAAAGCGGAAGAGGAGUGCAGCUAUGGAAAUGAUCGGAUUUUGGAAGAGCAUUUGGAGAUUGCAAGUACCGCCUAA